UUCUUCUUCAAAAUGCCUGUUCACAACCCGCUUCCCUCAUCUUUACGAAGCGAAUGCGAAAAAGCAGCUCAGAUCAUCAACUCUUUCACAGAUCCCGAUGGCUUCAAUAGCCCGGGACGUACCAUCCCACGAAAGCUACUCGCUAGUGCCAAGGGUCUCGCCAUCCUCACAGUCGCCAAAGCCGGGUUCCUAGGGUCAGUGCGCCUUGGCUCUGGUAUCCUCGUUGCACGUCUACCCGACGGGUCCUGGUCUGCCCCAUCAGCCAUCGCGUCCGUGGGAGGUGGCUUCGGUGGACAAAUCGGUGUUGAAUUGACAGAUUUUGUGUUCAUUCUGCAGAGCGACCAUGCAGUACAAACGUUUGCAAAGCUGGGAAGCCUAACUCUGGGGCUCAAUGUCUCACUGGCAGUGGGACCGGUCGGGCGCAGUGGAGAGAUUGCGGGCGUCGUAAGCACCGGUGGUGUCAUGGGAAUUUUCUCGUUCGCGCAAACCAAGGGCUUCUUUGGUGGCGUGAGUGCAGAGGGGGGCAUUAUUUUUGAAAACAGGCUCGCGAACCGAAAACUGUACGGGGAUAUUGUCAAGGCACGGGAACUGCUAAGCGGCGACAUCCCUCCGCCUGUUGAGGCUAACAGGCUUAUGCAAGCGUUGCAAUCCGAUGUCUUCUCUGGUCAUAGGUCAAAUUUUGAUUGUGAACAGGCAUCAAAGGAGCCAACUGCGGAGACGGUUGCCAUGCCACCGCAGUCACCCUCGUCUGAGGUAGCUGAACGAGUUGCUGUAAUGUCGUCUGUGGCGCCUAGCGAAAUUCAUGAGGCACCGCCAUCGGAGAUCUCUCCUGUCGAGUCACCGUCAGUAGCAGUGGCACCACAGAGACCAGUUGAGCUGCCUGGUUCGAUCCAAGAGCUGGACUCCACGCCUGCACAACCCAGACCUGCGGAUCAGCAUAGCCCCGUUUCUGCUAUCUCCACUACUCACAAUACUUGAUACCCUUGACUAGCACUCGGAGAAUGGACUCCGCAGAUGCUUUAUGUAAAUUGCCGCCCAUGCAUGACAGCAGCAAGGCUAGGCUGUUUCUGCUGUCGGAAGCCAUGAUACAAGGGCGCUUAAUUAGGAAACUCGCAGACGGGGCCAGAUAUUCGCGUCGAUUACAG